AUGGUUUCGGUUAAGCAGGCAUACCGCGCUAGGAUAUUGAGCCGCGCGGCCGAAAAGGUCUUUACGGAACGCGCCUUAUUGCUAGAGGAGAACCUCAUCCUGUUUAAGCAGAAUAACGAAAUAACCUGUCGACAAUCCACUGGUCAGACGGUCAUAGGACAUGCAAAAGUCAUGAGAUAUGAAGAUAUCGUUAAGGCGCAGAAGAAACGCGAUAUGACGGCGGCGAAACAGAACCUUAUGCGGAAAAAGAGACCGAAAGCCGGGGGCCGUUCGGUCACCAAAUCGGAGGAGAAGCGCAAAGCUAAGUAG